GUAGCUGGGAGCUUUGCGACGCAUAUUCUGUAUUCCAGGAGCUAAUGUGGAAACACAAGGUAGUUUGCAUUUGUUUACUUGAAGUUAUUUUUCAAAUAAUUCCAAACCACAAUGUCGGAUAAAGGAGAAGUCGAUUUAACAGGAGCCAAACAGAAUACGGGAGUCUGGCUGGUUAAGGUUCCAAAGUACCUUUCCCAGCAAUGGGCCAAAUCAACAGGAAGAGGAGAAGUGGGAAAGCUAAGGAUCGCCAAGAAUCAAGGAAAAACAGAGGUUUCCUUCACACUAAAUGAAGAGCUGACUAAUAUUCAGGAUACAGGAGAAAAGUCCACCACAGUCAAAGCACCGCGUGACCAUCCCUUUACGAUGCAGAGCGUGGGAGGACAGACCUUGGCAGUCUUUACAGAAAGCUCCUCAGACAAACUAGCAUUGGAAGGGGUGGUGGUGCAGCGAGCCGAAUGCAGACCCGCAGUCAGCGAGAAUUACAUGAAGUUAAAAAGGUUACAGAUAGAAGAGUCAUCAAAGCCUGUCCGUCUGUCACAGCAGUUGGAGAAGGCAGUAACAACCAACUAUAAACCAGUGGCAAAUCACAUUUAUAAUGUGGAAUAUGACAAAAAGAAAAAGGAGGAGGGGAAACGUGCCCGGGCUGAUAAACAGCAAGUGCUCGACAUGCUCUUCUCAGCCUUCGAGAAGCACCAGUAUUACAAUAUCAAGGAUCUGGUGGACAUCACCAAACAGCCUGUGACUUACUUGAAGGAGAUAUUGCGAGACAUUGGGGUCUACAAUGUUAAAGGAACCCACAAGAACACUUGGGAGCUGAGGCCUGAAUACAGGCAUUACCAGGGAGAAGAAAAGAGUGACUAGGAGAACUGCAUUGGGAAGGCCCGAUAGACCCAGUCUGAGCAAAUGGACUGAUUGUUCUUGUAUUUUUUAGGCCUUUUUUUUUUUGUUUUUUUGUAAAGAUGGCAGUAUUGUUGCUAUUUUUUUAAAAUCAUGUUUUCCCAGUUUAAAAUAUUAUUAGGUGUGGGAAGAAUAAAAAGAUGUUACUAUU